AUGAGCUUUGGACUCGGUUGGUCCCAUAUUCGCUGUAGGAGGCCGUGCGACAUGUUCAAGAAGCGGAGUAACCUUUUUCUGAGUGGCGGGAAGAGGAAACGUGCACCAGUAACGGAGUCUCCCGAAACAGGGAGCGAUUCUGAUGCCACAGAGGGCGAUUCCGUGCAGAAGGUGCCGUUCAAGAGACGGCAUAUUAUCGCGGGGGCGGUGGCCGGUGAGAGUGCAGCAUCUCGGCGUGUGGCCUCAACCGUGACGGGAUUGGGAGAGACCAGUAGAGGCGGUGAUGACGGCACUGUGCUUGAGGGCCGCUCCGAGGAUGACUCCGCGGAUGACGAAUCGGUCGUAGACAAAACUUUGACCAGUUUUGUGAAGCAGAACCAAUCGCAGAAGAGUCAGCACCAGAUUAAGCAGGCGGCAAACCUGAAGAACACCAUAUUGGUGGACUAUCAGCCAGACAUUUGCAAAGACUUCAAACAGACAGGGUACUGUGGGUACGGCGAUAGUUGCAAGUUCCUGCAUUCCAGGGACGAUUUCAAAGCUGGAUGGAAGCUGAACCAGGAUUGGAAGAUUGAAGACACGGAAGAUAAUGAUGAGGCAUCUGAGGGGACUUUGAGGGGCCGGAAACACUUGGACCUCGAGAAAAUACCAUUCAAAUGUGUCAUUUGCAAACAGGAUUACAAGUCCCCUAUAGUGACAAACUGUGAGCAUUACUUUUGCAGGGAAUGCUUCUUUAAAAGGACGCACACGGAUUCAAAGUGCUUUAUAUGCGGUAAAGAAACCAACGGAUCAGCAAAGAUAGCUGCAGGUCUUAAAGAUUUGAUAACAAAGAAGAACAAAGAAACUGACAAGACAGAGUUUAAUGAGGCGCAAACGGCAACAUCUUCUUGA